GGGGAGGAGCCGCCGCCGCCGCGUCUUGCUGCGUCCGUGCCCGCCGCCGCCGCGCUGCCGGGAGGGGCGGCCGCCCCGCGCCCCCCGCCCCGCCAUGCCGCUGUUCGCCACCAACCCCUUCGACCAGGAUGUGGAGAAAGCAACCAGUGAGAUGAACACUGCAGAAGACUGGGGCCUCAUCUUAGACAUCUGUGAUAAAGUUGGACAGUCACGCACAGGACCUAAAGAUUGUCUCCGCUCUAUUAUGAAGAGAGUGAACCAUAAAGAUCCUCAUGUUGCUAUGCAAGCGUUAACGCUUCUAGGUGCAUGUGUAUCAAACUGCGGCAAAAUCUUUCAUUUAGAAGUCUGUUCAAGAGAUUUUGCCAGUGAAGUAAGCAACGUGUUGAAUAAGGGUCAUCCAAAAGUUUGUGAAAAGCUGAAAGCCCUUAUGGUGGAAUGGACUGAUGAAUUCAAGAAUGACCCACAGCUUAGUUUAAUAUCUGCUAUGAUAAAAAAUCUUAAGGAGCAAGGAGUUACUUUCCCAGCUAUUGGUUCACAGGCUGCUGAACAGGCAAAAGCAAGUCCAGCUCUAGUUGCCAAAGAUCCUGGUACAGUAGCCAACAAAAAGGAAGAGGAGGAUUUAGCUAAAGCUAUUGAACUGUCACUAAAAGAACAAAGGCAACAGCAAACAACACUUUCCAGUUUGUAUCCGAGCACCUCAGGCCUUUUAACAAACCACAAACAUGAGGGCCGAAAGGUUCGUGCAAUCUACGAUUUUGAGGCUGCUGAAGACAACGAAUUAACUUUUAAAGCUGGAGAACUUAUAACUAUUCUUGAUGACAGUGAUCCGAAUUGGUGGAAAGGUGAAACUCACCAGGGUAUAGGAUUGUUUCCAUCUAAUUUUGUAACAGCUGAUCUUUCUGCUGAGCCAGAAAUGAUGAAAGCUGAGAAGAAAACAGUGCAGUUCAGUGAUGAAAUUCAAGUAGAGACAAUAGAACCUGAGCCUGAACCAGUUUAUAUUGAUGAAGAUAAAAUGGACCAACUCUUACAGAUGUUACAAAGUGCAGACCCAUCUGAUGACCAGCCAGAUCUCCCAGAAUUGCUUCAUCUUGAGGCAAUGUGCCACCAGAUGGGACCUCUCAUAGAUGAAAAGUUGGAAGAUAUAGACAGGAAACAUUCAGAACUUUCAGAACUCAAUGUUAAAGCGAUGGAGGCUCUUUCUUUGUAUAACAAAUUGGUGAAUGAGGACCCAAUGUAUUCCAUGUACGCAAAACUACAAAACCAACAGUAUUACAUGCAGUCAUCUGGUGUUUCUGGCUCUCAGGUUUAUCCAGGGCAAACCCAAAGUAACGCAUACUUGGUGGCAGGGAGUGCACAGAUGGGCCAUGUUCAAGGUUACAAUCUUCCUCCUGAACAGCUCCCUUCUCUCAGCCAAGGCACAGUUACUCCAUCUGCCAGCUCAGUACUGCCUGGUCAGCCUGCACAGACAUCUUACACAAAUGCAAUGGUUGGUUCUGUUGCUGGAAGUACUUACUCCAACCAGGCUUCAGUGUAUAGUCCACCACCUGGUACUGUUGAUGUUGCUGCUUAUCAGAAUGCUGGAACUAAUAUGUCCCAGGUGCCAAACUAUAACUUAGCAUCUACAGCUCUGCCACAGACAGCAGGCAGUCAGCAAGCACCUCCACAACAACCACAGCCUCCACCACCUCAACAACCACAGCAUAGCUACUCACAGAAGGCUCUGCUAUAGGAUCCAGGACUUCUGAUUCCUAAUCUUCUUUAACCUCUGCUAAAGGCAGUUGGCGAUUCUAUGAGUUUCUUCCUUUAAUCUCUUAAACUUUGUUUAUCCUCAGCUUAAUAAGAAUCUCUCUCGGUGAACAAGUUCAAUUUGCACUGACUUUUUAGGAUUUUUUUUUUUUUUAAUUUUGCAGAGGAACUGAUAUAUUUAGGAAAUUUACUUCCUUUUAAAAUGCCUAAAAAUUGGUACAAGAUUAUUUAUGUAUGGUAAAAUUGGCUAGUCUGUGAAAACUCAACAUUUGCAAACUGUUGUGGCAUAUAUGUUAUGUACAUAUAGUGUGUGAUUGCAGUAGUGCCCAUUUCGUAUAGCUAUGGUGGUUGUGUGAAUAUAUUUAACACAAUGUUUAAAAAUAAUUUACUUUACUAUUUUAUUUUAAUCAUGAACUGACAACCAUAUUUCAUAGUUUUGUGUAGUUUUAAGACAGAUGUGAUGUCUUUUUCCAAUGCAGGAAAAGCAGUAAUUCUGCAUAUCAUGGUUACAAUUACGAGCUAGGGUCUAUAUAUGAAUUUACAAACUUAUCUGAGUCUAGGUUUCACUACUUCUUGAACUGAACACAAGUGUAUCAUGACUAUUAGAUAGCUUAUCUACCAAAGUAAACUGGUUAACUAGUAAGUGAUUUGGGGGGAUAACAGCAAAUUAUGAUUCUGCUUUGGACAUAAUUAAUAACUUAAAACUACUAUUCAGAGGCUGCUAAACAUAUGGGACCAUGCAACAGAUCAGGAUCUUGCAUUUUGUCAUGAGAAGCAUGUAAUUUAUUUUUUCCAAGUUGUUUUUUUUACAAUGAGAACCAGAACUGUGUUCUAUGUGUGUUGGUAGAGAUUACACCAAAGAAAGACAAAGGAAUUGAAUUGGAAGAGAAACAAUGGAGUUUUAAACUGGAACACACAACAUUAAUUACACUAUUUUAUUCAAGUCUUCUUAAUUAGAACAUGGAGAAUUAUGGACAUUUAAAUCACUUUGCUGAACAAACCUUCAGGGCUUCGUUUUAUCUCUUGUGGCCUUGCUUAGCAAUUUGUUCUGUUUACUGUUUUAACACAAACACUUCUGCCUUAAACAUCUGUUUCAAUUUUCAGUUGUACCAUUUUAAGUUACUAGCCCUUCUAUAUCAUCAAUAGUUUAUGAAGCAUCUCAUUUUAAUCCACGUUCAGGUUACUUUGAACUCUCUUAUGCAGCAACAUGUAUUAGCCUGUUUAAACCCUUGUGUUUCUCAGUAACUUAGUCAACUGUCUCUUUAAGGCAUUGUAUUUUCUUUCUGUGGCUGAGGUGCUACAAAAGAAACAUGGUAAUUGAAGGCAGCAUUUUAGGCGUGCUUGAUCUGAGUUUCUUUUACAAAGACUGUUGUUAUUUUGCAUUUGUAUUCAAUCUAGUCAUCAUGGUUUUGUCUUUUCCAGCUACUCUAAUUCCUCUUAAAGCAAUACUAGAUGGCUUCAACAUCAGAUCUGUGUUUUUAGUCUUGCUACUGUGUGUGUCAGAAAUUGUUUGCUUUUGUGUACUAUAUUUUAGUGUGAUGCUUCUGGAAUUAAAUGUUGCAACUGUACAUUAUACUAUAAAAGGACCUCAGUUAUCCCAUACACUCCUGCAUCUGCUCACAGCUACCUAACAUGCAUUUGUUUCACUAUUUUAAUUGACACUGGUGUUUUGCAAGAUGCUUUCAGAUGAAUACUUUGCAUAACUUUUGACGGGGGUGGUUACAAAAUAUGCCCAUAGCUGAUCUGUUCCAGUUGGAGAUGUUCUAGCCAGCUGAUUGUUCUAAUACUAGUAUUUUCACACUUUUUUUCUCUAGAACUCUUAAGCGCCCUCACAAACUGUCAUUAAUUACUUCAGUACUUGGUGGCAUCACAAAAGCCUUUGGAAUUUGAAAAGAAAUACUAAAGAAAAGGAUAAUAAUCCAAGAUAUUGUGUCAUAGAUAAUAUUUUAAGGAUUGAAGAAGUGAUCUCUUUAUAAAAGACAUGUAGUAUAAUUUAGUGUUCUUUGUAUGCAUUCAGUACCUUAUUCCCAAAUCAGAUAUUCAAUGUGUAUAAAAAUGUAUCAUUUAUAUACAAAACUGAAAAUAACUUUUAAUUCUGUAGUUCUUAGUCCCUGAUUCAAAGAGAAGCUUGAAGCAUCAAGAGAGUCUGGCUGACAUUGACUAUUGUAUUCUUAGGUUUUCCCGUGUUGUUCCCUAACAAGGACCUAUGGAACUUCUGUACAGAAAUGACCCAGCAAAAAUAUUUUUGUUACUAAUUUGUCGUUGUUUUUAAAAUUUUGGAAGUCUUUUCUUGACAUACAGCAAUGCUCAUUCUUGGUUUCUCAUUUGAACGCAGAAACUUUAGGUGUAUCUAAAGUUUUUCUGCUUUCCAACUUGCUUAUUUUGGGCAUUCAGCCAUGUUUAUGAAAAUUAAAAUCACCUUUCAUUUAUAUUCAUCAUGACCAGAAAAACCACUUGCUAAAUUCAAUGCCCCUCUAAAUUCAAUAGAAUGAAAGUUGCAAAUAAAAGAUGGACACUUUCUAUUUUCCUUCCUGCCUUUACUGAAGUACUGCUCUAAGGUAUCCCCUGUAACAGACUGAGAAUUUUAGUUGUUUUUGAAUUCGAUUUCAUUGUCUACACCUGGUGCAGUAGAUCACUGUUUUUUAGGUUCAGAGUCUUAGUGUUUCUGCUGCAACCUACAUUUUCCAUUUCACAUGCAAUGUUCUGAUUAAAUUGAAUUUGGAGCUGUAUUGCUUUAUGUUGAUUUUUCUCAUCAGGAAAGUUAAUUUUGUCUUCUUGCUUGGUUGUGUCCUGUAUGCUCAAUACUCUAAAGUGAUGCCUUCUCCUACCUUGCUAGAUGCUGUCAUUACAUGAAUUCAUUCAGUCAUCCUCUUGUAUUCUCUCUGAUAACUUAGAAAUUAUAUGAUGAACCUUAGGAUUAAAGGGUGGGCUCAGUUCCGCGCACACUGUGUCUCACCUAAAAAAAUCCAAUGCGCAGGCUGGAAGGUGGAAAGACCUUCCCCGGAUCUUCGCUUGCGAAGACUGGCCAUUAUUAUUAUUAUAUGUCAGUUCAGCUCCUCUCUAUGGGUUUGGUAUCAUGAACCUGGAGAUGCCGUUGCUGGUCCUUCUCUGCCAUGAUUGAUUCUCAGAUUCCUCACUGAUGCAUUGUUUUGACCAAGUUCAUGUGUGUUCUACCUUACUAUGGUAUUGAACACAGAAAUGUGGGUGAAUGGGGGAAAGUACACGUACAGCUACUGUGUGGAAAAGCUUUUUAGCAAUUAAAUAAAGUGUCAGAAAGUUAAACUAUUUGAAAGUUAGGAACCCCAUGGAAAUGUUACUCAUGUUCCAAUAGAAGACCUAAUUUUUGAAUGCCUUGUUUCUUUACAUGUAUAUUGUCAAUGUAAGGCUAAAAUGUUUUCAAAAUAUUUUGUAUAACUCUUUGUUACUUAACCCUUUCAUUAAGGAAUACAAAAAUGCUAAUUAACUUCAGAAGGGGUAUUUCAGUGGCUUGGUUAGCCUGAACUGGAGCAAACUCUGGAAAGUGCCUUCUGUGCAUUUCACUUCUAUAAGCAAAACUUGUUUACCCCUGUGUAUCAUCUCAAUUUAUGUGGGCAUAACAAAGGUGUUAAGAUUUACUGUAAAACAUCCCAGGAAAAACACUGAGGCAGUGUGUUGAAAUCUGCUGUAUUGAUGUCAUGGCAGUGUGUUCCAGAGUGCUCAGCUGCAGGAACAGUCAACAUAUUUGUCCACUUCUGUUUAGUAAAUGGUACUGGUGUAGAUGUGGAUUUAAUGUCAUUGGCCAAAACACAUAUAGACAGCAGUAAAACAACAGUAGAAAGGAACAAAAUAUAAGCGUUACUGCAGGCUUCUCAACGUGGGUGGGGCAGCAUGCUGCCCUCAUGGUACAGUUACUGUUCAUGAACUUUGAGUUGGGGGAACUGAAAUGAAUUUGAACUUCAGAAAAUUCUGCCAGGAAUUAUUAGGAACAAAGGUGAUAAAUUUGCUCUUAAUACCAUGUACAUAUUUGCUGAUUAAAUCUAGGCUGCUAUUAUAGUUCUCUGAUUUCAUCUAGAUGGCAGGAACAUCAGAUUUACACUGGAGAACUGCUUAAUACCUCAUUCUCCAAUUUUUUUAAUGUUUUCUCUAAUAUCACUUCCUUUAUUUUUCACUCACAUUUCAAAGGUAUCUGUGCAGUCUUUACAUACUGAGGUCUUACCUUAUUCCUUCUCAGCUGGGUUUCACAGAAUGAAAAAGGAUAUCUCUAAUUACAGCAGCUACACUGGCAUUUUGAGUUACACAACUGCAGCUUCCUUUGGAGAGAUGCAUGCAUCUAUUUUGAAGAACAAGGGAGCAUAAUUUUUCCAGUUAAAAACUCGGAGGAGAUAUUUUUAAAGAAAAAGGUUAAGUAAGUUACAGAAACCUCCAUUACUAACAACAGGCAGAAUCAUUUUUUUCUCUGUUACUCAAUCUUAGUAAAGCUGACCAACUCCACACUACAGCUACUCCUUUCUCAUUUUUAGCUGCAAUGAAGAAUAGUGACCUUCAUACAUAGACUGUCCAACACCAUAGGAAAACAUGGAGAAGGCCUUGACAUUUGAACUUUUUCCUUCAAUAUGUAAAAAACACUAUCUACAUUUUUAAAGCCUUGUUUCUUGAAUUAGGAUGGCUGUGUUUAAAAACAUUCCAUUUGCUACUAUGUAAAAUUGCAGAUCUGAAUAUCCCUUUUUACGCUGCUACCUUGGCAAAAAGGUGGUAGGGACUUUUGUUCUUCUAUCCUGCAUGUUCUUCUGGAAUCCAAAUAAUUUUUGUCUUUGUCAUGAAAAAGAAACCUGCUGCAGUCUGCUUUGGUUUUAAUAAAGUGUACACAGUAGCAAAGUGUAUUUUUGUUUGGCUUUGUUUGUUUUGAUGCUGCCUUUGAAGUUGGCAUAUGUAUAUAUUUAGAUAUACUGCACUGUUGUAAAAGAAUUGUUUUAGUAAAUAACACUAUUUGUAAAAACUGUUAAUUGUUUUUGGUAUGAAUGCAAAAUAUUAAAGUUGGAGUAUUUAGUUCA